GUGGUGACGCUUUUCCUUUGCGUCAUUUCCGUUGUGUCGCUGUAACGGACUAGAAGUAGAAAAUGGAUGUCGCUGAGUUUGGUCUUUUUCUGCCAGUGUUUUGAACAUGAUGUGGACGUAAUGGAGCAGGAAGGUGUAUCGAAGCCCCCAGCUGCCGAGAGCAGUAGCUCCACAGACAAAGAAAUAUGGUGUUUGAAGCGAGUCGGAAAGAAUGCCGAGUGGCUCCGGCUGCCGGAAGAUACAGAGGUUACACUUGGACGUGGUCUGAAUGUCACCUACCAGAUAUAUUCCUCGACAUGUCCUUUAAUGAUAUCCAGGAAGCACUGUCUGUUUAAGCAGAACGAUGAUGGCCAGUGGACAGUGACUGAUAAAACGAGCCUCAAUGGUGUGUGGGUGAAUGAGGAACGGAUCCCAGCUGAGAAGGCAGUGAUCCUCAGUGUUGGGGACUCAAUCAAGCUGGGCGUUCCUGUCGACGGCAUGCGGGUGGAGUUUGAGUACGUGCUGGUGCGGGACUUCUUGCGGACUCUUGAUCCCUUCUUGUCGUCCUUAUUGGCCAAGGAGCACAGUGCGGGCUCCAAAUCUAGGAAGGCUAAACGAAAGUUUGCUGUGGAGGAGACCUCUGCUCCCGCUGAGUCACAAUCCAAGCUUUAUCGGUGCUCCACCUCAGAUAAACUCCUGGGCAGGCCGUGCCCCAUUGGGAGUGCCCUGCCAGCAAGUCCCAGGUCCCUGGAGGCCGCAGGGCCCAGCCAGGUGUCCCCCAGUACCGGGAUGUCGCGUGUACUCUCUGAUGGCAGCUCGGGGAUAGCCUGUGUACAGCAGCACAACCAGAACAUGCAGAUGAUGAGGAACCAACUGCUGGAGCUGGAGCGACAGGUGGCCGGCCUGCAGGCAGAGAGCCCCGGCCAGCAGGAGGAGAUGAGCAAGCUGCUGCAGCAACAAAGUGCACUGCACUUGCAACUGAAAAGCCUGCAGGAGGCACAGGUGCAUAGGGUGAAUAUGCUGGAGAAGUCCUUCUAUGAGGAGGAGAAGCGCUUGGAGAUGGAGAAAAAACAACAACGGGAGAGUCUGAAGAAGCAAUUGGAGAACACGCUGCUUGAGCACAGGAAGCUCAUUGAGGAGCUGAAGCUUUCUCGUCAGGGCUUUGAAGAGAUCCUUCAGGCUAAAGAUAAGGAGCUUGAGGAGAAGGAAAAAGCCUGGGCUCAGAAACAAGAAGUGGUAUCUCAGAUGACGGAGGUUCUGGAAAGCGAGCUUCAGUGUAUCAUCUGCUCUGAGCUUUUUAUUGAGGCUGUAACGCUGAACUGCGCCCAUAGCUUCUGCCUCCACUGCAUCGGACAGUGGCGAAAGCGCCGGAACGAGUGUCCCAUCUGCCGACAGGCCAUUGCGUCGCAGUCCCGCUCCCUGGUGCUGGACAACUGCAUUGACCGCGUGGUGGAGAAGCUGGGCACCGAAGUGAGGCAGCACCGGCAGGCCCUCCUCAGGCAGCGGGAAGCCCUGGAUGUAGCAGCACCCAUUACCCCUGAGACCAGCCCCAGCAGCAGCUUCCUAAUAGUCAGCAGCAGUGACAUCUCAUCCUCAGAGAGCAACAGCAUCAUCAUGUCCCCAGACUCCUCUCUGGACGAUGACAGCAUUGUGUCCCUGAACGCCUCUCCAGAGAGCAGCCGAGUGUCCCCGAUCCCCUCUUCAGAGAGCAGUCGAGUGUCCCCGAUCCCUUCUCCAGAGAGCAGCCGAGUGUCCCCGAUCCCCUCUUCAGAGAGCAGCCGAGUGUCCCCGAUCCCCUCUUCAGAGAGCAGCCGAGUGUCCCCGAUCCCCUCUUCAGAGAGCAGCCGAGUGUCCCCGAUCCUCUCUGUGGAUGAUGACAGCCUUGUAUCAUUGGUCCCCUCGUCAGAAAGUAGCCAUGAGUCCCCGGUGCCCUCGUCAGGCAGCAGCCAGGGGUCUCCCGUUCUGUCUUUGGAGAGCAGUCUCGUGUCCCCUGUGACCUCCCCAGGAAGCUCCAGCUGGAGCGACGUCUCUCUUGCCUUCAGUGACAUCAUGUAGGGUACCAUCUGCGUUAGACUGUUAUUCUUUUGAUAUUUUUUUCCUUCUUUUGAGUGCUGGGGGGGUGGGGGGUUAAGUGUAUUGCAAAUUUAGCCAAAAUUUUACUUUAUUCUGUGCUGUCAUGCAAUUUACAUUGAUCACCUUCCCUCUCGAAGCACUAAAAAUGUUACCUCAGGCACUGUUUGUGCUGCAUUGCAGUUGUAUUGCUCUUAUGUAAAAUAUAGGUACACAAUUUGGGUAAAAUUAGUCAAUUUCAUAAAACCUUAAUGUCAAAGCUGUGUUUGUGUGAUUAUUGUUGGAAGUUUCACUGGAAACUGAGUGUAGGAAGCCGAAAGCAAUCUUUUAAGAAUAUUUUCAUGACGUUGGACAGUUAGUGCCUUUACGUGACACAAGGUGGUGCUAUUGUGUCAGUGUUAAGGAGUAAGAUUCACAACACUAGAUCAUUUUAACAUUUAUCUGUGAAACUUUGAGGUAUUGAAAGUAUUCAAGUACUAGUGAAAGAAUUUGAAGUAUUCAAAUAUGCAAUAAAUAUUUUUAUACUGAA